AUGAAGCUUGCCAUACAAUGUUUGGGAGUCGAGCAACCACUAACUUGCCAUUUCACGUUGCUCCUCCCCGGCUUGGUUCAGCUUGAUAAAUACUUUGCUGCAGCCUCAGAUGGUGUGAAGGCGUGGGAGAUGCUGAAGGAAAAAUCUUACUCUAUAGACCUUGUUUUGACUGAAGUAGAUCUUCCCUUGAUGUCCGGAUUUGGUUUACUUUCGAUGAUAAGGGAAUAUGAGACCUGCAAAAAUAUUCCCGUUAUAAUGAUGUCUUCACAUGAUUCUGUUAGCAUGGUUUUCAAAUGCAUGCUGAAAGGUGCGUCAGACUUUCUGGUUAAGCCAAUUCGGAAGAAUGAACUGAGGAACUUGUGGUAG